GUGCUCGCUAACAGCACUUGCCACAGUCUGUUCAGGCUAUAUUGGGGAUCUUUGUCUUGUUUGUGUGUGUCAGUGUGUCUCCCAUCAGAGCUGUCACCAUGAAGCUGUGGGCGCUGCUGCUGCUACUUGGUCUGGCAGGGUCAGCCCUGGCCGUCCCCGCGAUGGAGGAGUACGAAGCAGAAGUCCGGACCGGCGAUGACGACGCCUGGAACCCGCCCGGAGUGCAGGAGUACGACGGAGACGUGGAGAUCCAGGAGGAGACCCAGGGAGAGGAGACUGUGGGGGAGGAGGAGCCGCAGGAGGAGGUCCAGGAAGAGACCGGAGAUGAGGAGAUGCAGGAAGAGACUCAGGGUGACGCGGUGGUGGUGGAGGAAACUCCAGUGGUGGAGGAGGAGGUGGUGAUUGAGGAGUCGGAAGAGGAGGAGGAAGAGACCCCCCUCAUCAACCCGUGCCUUGGGUUCGCCUGCAAGCCGGGCCGUGUGUGCGAGGUGGACGUGGAGUCGCGUCCCGUCUGCAUCUGCCAGAGCGCCGACACCUGCGAGUCGAGCAGCAGCGUUGACACCAUGCUGUGUGGCACGGACAACCACACGUAUCCGUCGCACUGCCAUCUGGAUGCCCACCGCUGCGCCCUCGAUGGCACCAAGAAGGGGCGGCAUCUGCACCUCGACUACAUCGGGCCCUGCAAGGAGAUCACGCCGUGCCUGGACGUGGAGCUGACCGAGUUUCCCCUGCGGAUGCGCGACUGGCUCAAGAACGUCGUCGUGCAGAUGUACGAGAGGGACGAGGAGCGCGGGGAGCUGCUCACCGACAAGCAGAGGCGCAAGUUGCGGAAGAUCGUGAGCGACGAGCGGCGCCUGCGGCAGGGCGACCACACGCGCGAGCUGCUGCAGCGCGACUUCGUCAAGAACUACCGCAUGUACAUCUACCCGGUGCACUGGCAGUUCGCCCAGCUCGACUCCCGCCCGGCAGACAGGUACCUGUCCCACUCGGAGCUGUCCCCGCUGCGGGCCCCGCUGGUGCCCAUGGAGCACUGCACCACGCGCUUCUUCCUGCGCUGCGACGCCGACGGAGACCGCCUCAUCUCCCUGCCCGAGUGGGGCGCCUGCUUCGGCCUCCUGCCCGACGACGUGGACGAGGCUCUGCUCUUCUAAGCACCACCCCCCCCUCUCCCUUCCGCCCCCUGCCCCGCAACAACAACAACGCAACAACAACACGUGCAGCAACACCACCACCACACACCUUCACCUCGUCAUACACAAUGACAGCCCAUCAGCUCCAAGGUUUCUGUCAUGAUGCCGAUGAUGAAUUUGUAGCGAUGGUAAACAUGUCGGGGUUAAUGACGACGACGACGACGAUGAAAUAAUGGGUGGUGAUGAAUGAACGUUGCUGGUCAAGUUGCCGAUGAUGGUGACUGUGAUGAUGCCGUCGGCGAUGAUGGCGGCGGUGAUAUUUCUAUGGUGAUCUCGUCAGCGUUGGUGAUAGUUAAACCGCCGGUACGCCGAGCGGUAAUGGUGCUGGUAUAUCACAAAGGUGUGUUCACUGUAGUAACACGGUGGCCGAUGGCGACGAUGGCGACGAUGGCAUCGCGGUGGUGACGUUGAUAUCAUCGGUGGUGACGACGGUGAUGAUAUGAACACGAUCGCAGCUCCGCCUAAAGAUGCCUCCCCCCCCCCUCCUGCCUUCAAGGUCACCGCGGUCCCAGCAACCCCUCCGUAAACAUGGAACGCUGCUGGCUCAACGAAGGGACCAACCACGUGCCCCAACGUUUCGAGGGGGGCAACGUCGGGGCACGUGUUUGCGCACCGGCUUAUAGCACGUGGUCCCGUACCCUCGCCACCACCGCCACGAUUUAAAACCAAUUAACUCCUCGCGGCCUCCGUUGGCCACACGAUAGGGCGGCUCUAAGGUUUUGUUCUUUUAUAUAUAAAUCAAGAUUAUAUACGUAGCGGUUGACGUUGGGGUGGCGGGGGGAACCGCACCAAGGGAAUGUGACGCACGGGUCAGCGCCCCCUGGGGCCACUGCGCGCCUCGCCGCGGGGGGCUGUCUCCCUCUCACGGUUGUGCUACGGCUUCCCCGAUUGAAUCGAUAGAUCGAUCAGGCGGGUCGGUCGAUCGGUCGCGGCCAGAGGGCCUCUCGCGUAAACAGCGAACGCGCCGGGGGCAUGGGGGGGUUUGAGGGCGCCGUGUUGUGAUGGAGACACGCGGGGAACCUGGCCGGCCUACCAUGGAGACCACUCGCACUGAUUGGUCAACACUGUAGUGGUGUUGCAUUCUGAUUGGUCAACACUGUAGGGGUGGGUCACUCUGAAUAGUCAACACUGUAGGGGUGGGCCACUCUGAUUGGUCAACACUGUAGGAGUGCGCCACUCUGAUUGGUCAACACUGUAGGGGUGGGCCACUCUGAUUGGUCAACACUGUUGGUGGGCCGCUCUGAUUGGUCAACACUGUAGGGGUGUGCCGCUCUGAUUGGUCAACACUGUAGGGGUGCGCCACUCUGAUUGGUCAACACUGUAGGGGUGGGCCGCUCUGAUUGGUCAACACUGUAGGGGUGCGCCACUCUGAUUGGUCAACACUGUAGGGGUGGGCCACUCUGAUUGGUCAACACUGUAGGGGUGGGCCACUCUGAUUGGUCAACACUGUAGGGGUGCGCCACUCUGAUUGGUCAACACUGUAGGGGUGGGCCACUCUGAUUGGUCAACACUGUUGGUGGGCCGCUCUGAUUGGUCAACACUGUAGGGGUGUGCCACUCUGAUUGGUCAACACUGUAGAGGUGUGCCACUGAUUGGUCAACACUGUAGGGGUGGGCCACUCUGAUUGGUCAACACUGUAGGGGUGCGCCACUCUGAUUGGUCAACACUGUAGGGGUGGGCCACUCUGAUUGGUCAACACUGUAGGGGUGGGCCACUCUGAUUGGUCAACACUGUAGGGGUGGGCCACUCUGAUUGGUCAACACUGUAGGGGUGGGCCACUCUGAUUGGUCAACACUGUAGUGGUGUUGCAUUCUGAUUGGUCAACACUGUAGGGGUGGGCCGCUCUGAUUGGUCAACACUGUAGGGGUGGGCCGCUCUGAUUGGUCAACACUGUAGGGGUGCGCCACUCUGAUUGGUCAACACUGUAGGGGUGGGCCACUCUGAUUGGUCAACACUGUAGGGGUGGGCCACUCUGAUUGGUCAACACUGUAGGGGUGGGCCACUCUGAUUGGUCAACACUGUAGGGGUGGGCCACUCUGAUUGGUCAACACUGUAGGGGUGCGCCGCUCUGAUUGGUCAACACUGUAGGGGUGCGCCACUCUGAUUGGUCAACACUGUUGGUGGGCCGCUCUGAUUGGUCAACACUGUAGGGGUGUGCCACUCUGAUUGGUCAACACUGUAGGGGUGCGCCACUCUGAUUGGUCAACACUGUAGGGGUGGGCCGCUCUGAUUGGUCAACACUGUAGGGGUGGGCCACUGAUUGGUCAACACUGUAGGGGUGCGCCACUCUGAUUGGUCAACACUGUAGGGGUGGGCCACUCUGAUUGGUCAACACUGUAGGGGUGGGCCACUGAUUGGUCAACACUGUAGGGGUGCGCCACUCUGAUUGGUCAACACUGUAGGGGUGGGCCACUCUGAUUGGUCAACACUGUUGGUGGGCCGCUCUGAUUGGUCAACACUGUAGGGGUGUGCCACUCUGAUUGGUCAACACUGUAGAGGUGUGCCACUGAUUGGUUAACACUGUAGGGGUGGGUCACUCUGAUUGGUCAACACUGUAGGGGUGCGCCACUCUGAUUGGUCAACACUGUAGAGGUGGGCCACUCUGAUUGGUCAACACUGUAGGGGUGUGCCACUCUGAUUGGUCAACACUGUAGAGGUGUGCCACUCUGAUUGGUCAACACUGUAGGAGUGUGCCACUCUGAUUGGUCAACACUGUAGGGGUGUGCCACUCUGAUUGGUCAACACUGUAGGGGUGUGCCACUCUGAUUGGUCAACACUGUAGAGGUGUGCCACUGAUUGGUCAACACUGUAGGGGUGUGCCACUCUGAUUGGUCAACACUGUAGAGGUGUGCCACUCUGAUUGGUCAACACUGUAGGGGUGGGCCACUCUGAUUGGUCAACACUGUAGGGGUGUGCCGCUCUGAUUGGUCAACACUGUAGAGGUGGGCCACUCUGAUUGGUCAACACUGUAGGGGUGUGCCACCCUGAUUGGUUAACACUGUUGGUGCACCACUGAUUGGUCAACACUGUUGGUGCACCACUGAUUGGUCAACACUGUUGGUGUACCACUGAUUGGUCAACACUGUUGGUGCACCACUGAUUGGUCAACACUGUAGGUGUACCUUACUGAUUAUAUAACACUGUAGCGGUGUGCCUCGCUGUGGUUAUGUAACACGAGCGGUGUGCUUGCAUUCCUAGCCCUACCCUCUAUAACCUCGUCCAGCCUAUCCCCCCCGCAGGUGCUUUUCUUGUACUAACCUGUAACACGUGUUCAUGGAGAUAACUGUAACCACUGCAUGAUGAAUAAAUCUUAGUAAGAAUG